GUAGAAACUCUGCACGCAUUGAACAAAUAGAAAAGGCAUUAGUUACAUGGAUAAUCGAUGAUUUUCAGCCCUUUUUUGUAGUACAAAGUUCAAGUUUUAUUUAUCUACUUAAAGUAUUAGAUCUUUAUUGUGAUUUGCCAUCUGACAAACAAAUUAAACUUCGAAUUAAUGAAGGAUAUAAUCUUGCAUCUGCUCGUUUAAAAGAGAUCUUGAAGAAUGAAGUUAGUAUGUUGGAUGAUGAAGUUGAAACUGUUGAUUUGGAUAAUUUAAAUACUAUUUUUGAAGAGGAAGAUUUAGUUGUUGACUACAAUAAAAUCUCUGAAACUGAAACAACAAUCAAAGGACAUAAAGUUAAAAUUAGUAAUCCUACUGACU